AUGGCUACUCAAGAUUGUGAUAAAUUUGAUAAAAUUAAGAAUAAGGAUAAUAGAGAUUUCAAACUAGCAAUACCAUUGCAUGAAAAUGAUCCUAGUUAUGCAAAGGACAUUUCAAAUGAUGUAUCUAUAUCUUUUUUAGAUUCAGCGUUUAAUUUUUUUGUCGAGCUUGAGAAAUCUGCUUUUAAAAGUGUUGUUUAUUCACACGGAAAGGGUUUAGAGUUAAAACACCCUGCAGGAUUAAUGAAUUUUUCUGUACCAAAUAUUCAAGUAAUAGAAACAGCUGCUAGAAGGACACGAAUUUCUGAAAGUGAUAAAAAUAAUAUAGCCGGUUAUAAAGUAUCAUUUACAUCACCAACAAAUCAACUUGAUUCUAGUAUCAUUAAAAUAGGAUAUGAUAUUAGAAGAUUUUUACCUUUAAUUAAAAAAGUUCCUGAAAUUGUACCAAUAUUCAAUAAUUAUGGAACUAAUUAUCAACAAAUAAGAGAAUCACUUCUUAAAUAUCUUGAAGAAUCAAAAGAUGGAGAUCAAUUUGAUUAUAGCAAAUUUCCAUUUUGUAAACGACCUAAUUUAGAAGAUUUUACUUUGGAUAUUACAAACUCAAAUAGUAAUGAGCGUAUUACUGCUCAAAAUUACUUAUUGUAUCAAAAACCUGGAUUUAUACCUAUAAUCCCAUGUCCAAAAAUAAUUUCUGAUGAAGAAAUUGCUAACCUUUCUGAAAUAGAAGCAAAUAUCAAAAAAAGCGAGGUCAUAGAAAAAUUGAAUAUUCACAUGUUCCAUUGUGCUAAAGGAUCUGGAGUUUCAAAAGAUGCAAAAGGGGAGCGUUCAUCAUCAAAAGCACGUGAAGUUGUUGAAAAAUUUGCAGAAAAUAUAAGAGAAGAAUUUAUCUUAAGAGAGUUUAACCAUAUAAAAGCUGUGGCCCCACAUGUAACAUCAUUUAUGAAAGAGAUUAAUUAUGAAUGGAAAAUAAUUGAUCUUUUUGAAGAGCUCAAGUAUGGCUUUUUUGAAACAACAUUAAGUAAUAAUAAUAUUAGAGGAAUUUUUCUUCAUUUAAUUAAAACAGGUAAUGUGAUUACUUUGAAAGAUUAUCAGGUUAUUAAAGAAAGUGAAAAGCGGUUAACUAGAGCACAAAAGCGCAAACAAAAUAAUAAUGGAAACAAAAGAACUAAACAAAUAAAAGAUAAAUAA